AUGGCCCUUCUUCUUGCCCCCUAUAAUGAGGCUAUGCGCAUUGGCAUGGGUUUCAACAGCUACACACAGCAACUUUGUGUCAACGAUGUAGUUCGAAAGCAAGGCAAAGUCCGAGCGACAGACGCUGACCUUCAGCCUGUGGAAGAGAAGCAGGCCUCGCCAACUGCCGGACUUAAUGAGGAGCUCAGACCUCUCUCAAAAGAUAGUGGUACCAUUGUCAGAACUCAUUCGGACGGCAGCCAAGCUGGAGUCAGUCAGACAGUCAGCUGGGAUGCGGGUUUCGUUGAUAACUUGAGCGACGUCUCGAACUACUUGAACAUUAGCGGUGCUCUGACUAUCACCUGUGCUGCUAUUGGUGGAGGUGGGGGAGCUGAAGCUCAUUUUGUCGAUUCGACUAAGUUUAUCAAAAGCGAUGCUCGUUACAGCAUUCAAGUCAAGGUGACAAACCAAAGACUCAUUGCUAGCGACGUGACGACCUUCUGUCCCAUACCCAACAUCCCUGCCUCCAAGUUUAACGAAGUGUACGGAGACUCAUUCAUUUCAGGGUUCAUUGAAGGAGGGGUAUUGAGCGCUCUUGUUCUCAAGAAGUUGAAACAGAAGGGAGACUACAAAAACAUGGGUGGCAAGCUCUCAGUUGACAUCGAUCUCCAGGCGGCUAAAAUUUCGGGAUCAGCCAAGGGAGACAAGGUUGACGUGAACGAUGAGACAAACACUGAGACUACCAUCACAAUCUCCUGGUCAGGAGGCGGUGACAUCAAGCCUGACGACAUCGGCGACUGGAAUAUUUCAACGCUGACCAAGGUUGCAAUGGAGUUCCCAGACAAAGUGGCUAUUUGCAAGCUAAGCAAGCCUGUUUUCAACGCACUAAAGGCCCUCAAAGAACUUAUCUUGAAGGACGUGAAGAACGGAAAAGCGAUCAUGAAACUACGCAACGUCAAUGAAAAACUUCUGACAUACCGAGAAGACGUCCGCAAAGACUACGACAAGCGCCUUGCGAAGUUCAACGAAUACAGCUCUGCUCUUCAGAAGUCAGCAGCUUACAACAGUCUGAUCUCUGUUGAAGAGCCUCUCCCACCGAACAAAGUCGAGCCCUACCCAUGCGACCAGUUUGGCCUUGACAAAGCAUUGCAAGAUUGUCGGUUCGAGAUGAUUAAGAUCGUGCGAGAAGUCAAUGACGUUACGUCUGAUCCAAAAGUGGCUAUCGACCCUACGAGAAGUUUGAGAUAUCUCAGUCCUUACAUAUUCCAAUUGCUUCUUCCCACAGACAAAGAACCCUUACCAUCCCCAGAGGAGAUUGCCAAGAUGAAAGCCGAUCUGGAGAACAAGAUACAAGAAUGCGCACAGCAACAGUCAAAGCUCAUCGAUGCUCAACAAGAGAAAAACAGGCUUCUCGAGGAAAAGAAGUCAGUCGAAGAGAAGCUUUCAGAUGAACAGAGCAGAGCCAUUUCCGGUGUCCAAGAGUCAGCCGAUAGCACUGUCCGAGAGCGAGAAGUGAGAGAAAAGCUAAGCAUCAGUGAAAAAUCUCUCGAAAAGCUUGAAGAACGGCUUCAGAAUCAGGAAAUCAUGUCAAAAAAUACUUUGGAAAAGGCCCUUGAAGAGGCAGAAGAAAGCAAGGCUCAAUUGGGAGGUCGGAUCAGUUCGCUCGAGAAGGCUGCAGUCAUGAGCGAUGAAAAAGCCGAGAAGUUCCAAGAUAAGCUGAAGGCUGCUGAAUCCGAAAACACCCAACUGCAGACACGCGUGAGCAAGGCCGAAACUGACCUUCGGAACAGUAGCCAAGAAGCCGCUCGGGUCAAGCAGGAGCUCGCACAGCUCCGCAGUGAGUUGAACAGCGGUCCCGAGAUUCUAAUUCUCAAUAUCAUCUGGGGCGACCGACAGUUUCUAUGGGAACCAGAGGUUAAGGAUAAGGUCUUGAUGUAUGCACAGAAUAAUCGGGAGUUCACCUGGGAUAACGAUUUCUUUUGUGGCAUUGACCCAAAAGAGAGAGUUUUCAAGAAUGGGUACAUCGCGUAUUGGAAGCGGGGCAAAGCGCCUGUCAUACUGGUAGGAAAUGAGCGGACCCAAGGGCGUUUCAGAUGA